CCACUAGUCCAGCUCGUCAGUAGAAGUGUGGCUCGUGUGAGGGAAACAGCCAUGAGAGAGUAGCUAGCAUGUAUGGACAAUUAUUGUAAAUGGCUCCUCUCAAAGGGAAAUCAUACCAGCGUUUGCUGCUCUUUGCCAUUUUUCUUCCAAUCUCAGGUGUUUUAAGCUUUAGUGAGUUAUUUUUCGUCAAGGAGCCCCAUGAUGUCACUGCCAUGCGGAAGGAAGCGGUUAUUUUGGACUGCCAGGCACGUGGCGAGGCACCGAUUGACGUUAGAUGGCUCAGGAAUGGAGUAAGAUUAGUGGAAAAUGAACGGGUGUACCUGCUCUCCAAUAGCUCCCUUUUUAUUUCUGAGGUGGAGAGCAGAAGAGGAGACAAAUCAGAUGAAGGGUGCUAUCAGUGCCUUGCUCAGAACAAGUAUGGAACAAUCCUGAGCCAAAAAGCCCAUCUUACAAUCGCAAGUAUGUCCUCUUUUGCACUCCAGCCGACGUCCAUGGUGGUGACCGAAGGCUCAGUUGCCAGGUUUUCCUGUAAAAUCAGUGCACACCCUCCUCCCAUCAUCAUUUGGGAGUUCAACCGGGUCACAUUACCUCUCUCCACUGACAGAAUCACUGUCCUGCCCAGCGGUGUUCUUCAGAUCCAAGGCGUGCAGCAAACAGAUGCUGGGCACUAUCGCUGCGUAGCCACCAACAUCGCCAGCCGGCGGCGAAGCAUCGAAGCCACUCUAACUGUUACCCCAGCUCCUGGCCCCAUGCUUCCUCAAAGGCCACGGAUCAUCGCUGGGCCACAAAACAUCUCUGUCUCAUUGCACCAGAGUGCCAUCCUGGAGUGCCUGGCCACAGGAAAUCCCCGACCCCUCAUCUCCUGGAGCCGAGCAGACAGCAAGUCUAUUGAUGUUUACAACACCAAAGUGUUGGGCAAUGGUAACCUCAUUAUCACAGACAUCAAACCCCAACAUGGCGGAGUCUACAUGUGCAGGGCCACUACGCCUGGCACACGCAAUUAUACCGUUGCUUUAGCCAACAUCACUGUGCUCGCGCCUCCAUCCUUCGUGGAGUGGCCAGAGAGCUUGACACGUCCACGUGCUGGCACUGCCCGUUUUGUGUGCCAAGCUGAGGGAGCUCCAGCACCUCAGAUAACGUGGUUCAAGAAUGGAGAGAAAGUUCACUCCAACGGUCGCAUCAAGAUGUACCACAGCAAACUGGUCAUUAACCAGAUCAUCCUCGAAGAUGAUGCCAUUUAUCAGUGCCAGGCAGAGAAUGGGCUGGGAUCGGUUCUGUCCAUGGCGAGGCUCAUUGUGGUGAUGUCAGAGGACCGACCGAGCGCGCCCAGAAAUAUCCAAGCUGACACAGUGUCAAGCUCCGCCAUCCUUUUGGCUUGGGAAAGACCUCAGUAUAACUCCGAUAAAGUUAUUGCAUAUUCUGUGCACUACAUGAAAGCUGAAGGAUUAAACAACGAGGAAUAUCAAGUAGUCAUCGGAAACGAUACGACUCGCUACAUUAUUGAUGAUCUGGAGCCAGCUCGCAACUACACCUUUUACGUGGUGGCCUACAUGCCCAUGGGAGCCAGUCGCAUGUCGGACCAUGUGUUCCAGCACACGCUUGAGGAUGUUCCUCUCCAGGCGCCGGAGAUCAGCCUUACCAGCCGCAGCCCCACAGACAUUCAGGUGUCAUGGCAACCCCUGCCAUUGAAGCUGAGUCGUGGGUGGGUUUCAAACUACCGCCUGUCCUAUCGCACCAGUUCGGAGAGCACUGUAUCACAAAUAGAGUUGCCUGGAGAGAAGACCCAUCAUCUCCUGGAAAACCUGCAGCCCGACACCAUCUACCUUCUGCGACUUGUUGCUGCCACCAGUGUAGGGUGGGGUGAGCAGUCUGCCUGGACGUCUCACCGCACUCCAAAGGCAUCGAGUGCUCAAGUACCACUUGCUCCUGAACUGUAUCUGGAGCCUUUGAACUGCACAACAAUUUCAGCUCGCUGGCAUCUGACACCCAGAAACUCAGCCAGUGUCAGGGGCUACAAACUCUUCUACCACGAGGAAAGUCAGCCGGAAAGCGCCCCUCUCCAGCUGCAGGCGUCUGCUCAUAAACACACCAUUGAAGGGCUCGACCCAAGAAAGAAGUAUCAUGUGAAGCUUCUGGCUUACAGUGCUGUUGGAGAUGGUUACCAAGCAGACCAGACCAUCAGCACCCCUGGAUGUGUCUCUGUCCGAGACCGCCUUGUGCCGCCUCCACCACCUCCUCACAAUGUGCAGGCCAGGUCCAACAGUACCUCAGCUGUUUUUCUGUACUGGGGCCGGCCAGCCUUCACCUCCAGCCAUGCAGUAAACUACACGGUCCGCUGCAACCCUGUAGGACUGCAGAACGCCUCGCUGGUCCUCUACCUGCAGACAGGUGAACAGAGGCUUCUUGUGCGUGAUCUGGAGCCGAACACAAAGUAUGAAUUUGCUGUGCGCCUUCAUAUUGACCAGCUCUCCAGCCCCUGGAGCCCUGUGGUGUAUCAAACCACUUUCCCUGAAGCUCCCACAUUACCUCCUUCCAACAUCAAAGUGACCCUGAUUGAGGAGGACACAGCGCUCGUUUCAUGGAAACUCCCAGAAGAACCAAAUGUAGUUGUAACACACUACACUAUACUGUACGCCUCACGAAAUGCCUGGAUUGCUGGUAAAUGGCAAGUGCUGCAAAGAGAAGGGAGCAUCGCCAUGGCGCUGCUGGAGAACCUCAGUCCAGGCCAGGUUUACUUGGUAAAAGUUUCUGCAUCCAACGCCAUGGGUGAUGGACCAUUUUCUAACGUGGUGGAGCUGACAGUACGAGCAGGUCUCUCCCCUGGUCAUGAUAUUGGACUCUCUCGUGGCUCCACACACUCCACAGGUUUUUCUGAUGGCUUCUACCAUCUGGACCAGAAGUCAAUGACUGGUAUCAGUGUGGGAGUCUGCAUCGCUCUCACCUGCAUCAUUAUCUGUGCUUUCAUCAUUGUCUGCAGAGGCAAAAACAGGAAACUAGCGGUGAAAACUUACAGAGAAGACGAAGGUUUAUCUGCUGCAGCUGCAAUACACGUAGGACCUGAGGGAGAAGCGCAGGAUGCUGAAGUGACUGUGCCGAUGAUGAUUCGAGGUCAUUUUGUUGAUGCGAAGGGUGGAACCAAUCUUAUCAUAAAUUCUAACGGCCGUGUUCAGCCCAACACUGACAAGAAGAAGAAAUGGUCUUUCUUUAGAAGUGACGUGAAACAGGACAGGAUAAUUGUGCAGAACGAGAGAAACGCCACACUUUCUUACCUGCCGGGAGCCACCGUGUUGACCUACGAAGAGGAGCUUUCUCCAAACCACUCCACCACACUGCAGGACCUGCUGGGGCACCCUGGUGACACUGAAGGGUCCUCCAACAGCGAGGGCAGCCACGAAACAGGCGACUCAGGGCGCUUCUCUCAUGACGAGACGGAGCUGACCAACUCAGGUCCCAACAGCCGCCCCCCAUCCCUGACGGACGAGGACGGUGGAGACCUGGACUGCAGCGGUUCUGCUGGGGAGCAGAGCGAGCUGUUGGAGAGGAAUCCCUCUGACCUUAAGUUAAAGGAGUCUGUCGAUGCUGGCUGCAGCCAUCAGGAAGCCCAGAGAAGUUCGCAGAGUGGACUUAGUGUGUAGCCGUGUGUGAGAGUUUGAGUGUAGGUGUGCGUGUGUUUCAUGAAGUAAGGGAGUGUUUUUCAUCCAGGUAAAAAGUAGAUGUACACAUUUUACCACAUCUGGAUCCUUUGGUAAUAAUGAACUAAAAGCUUGUAGAUAGUCAGCUUACACGAAGGUAAAAACAUCAACCCAGUACUCCUGGAGGCUCCACUGAUGAGUGGCAGUGCAUAUUUCUGCCUCAGUGUGAGAUUUAGUUACUUUUACACUCUGCUAGGAUCAAUUUAUCAAAGAUGGCUGCUGAAAUUAUCACAAGAUCUGACUGUGUGUGUGAGAGUUGUGUCAGUUUGAGAAACCAUAGUAAAGAAGCAAAUCGAAGCAUUUUUAUCAUCUCGGCGCUUCUUUACGCUUUGAACAGAAAGCCAACAAAGACAGUAUGAAAGUGAUUUUUUUUUACCCUUCUGUCUGAGAACGUUUUCUUUUUAUUUUUGUGUAUAUUUUGGAACAAAAAUCUCACCCACCAUGAAUGUUAAAAGAUUGUCUUAAAUGUCCAAAAACAGGCAUUUCUGAGAUUAUUUAUGAGAGUUUAUCACUGGAGCAGAAGGGAAGUUUGAGUCCUUUUUGCUGAUUAUCUACCUCGGUUUGUCUACGGCCAAACCGUACACUAAAUAUUUAACAACUACUUCUGUUGUGCGAUGAGCUACUUCAGCUGCAUCACUAGUACUUCCUGACUGUUUUCCCGUUGGUCAUCGCCUUUAUUUUGUCUGUUUGUGUUGUUGAUUUAGCGGAUAAGGGCGCUGCAGCUUCCCCCUCUUGCCCCACCUGCUGUGUGAAAAUGAAGGCUUUAAACUACACAACCCACCUUGUUAUCUAACCCCUCCGAUGUUGCUGAAGUACUGAGCCAGUAUUAAUAAUAUUUGUGUUUACUAUUUGUCCGUUAUUGAGUAAUGGGUUGGGGGAAGUAUGCAGUUGCCCUUGUUACUCGCGUUUUAUACUACCUCGUUUAAGAGUUGCUUUUAUUGUCGUCUUCUUCUCCUAAACUCAGGGAACAAGGUUUAGUACGUUUGAAAAGCCGUGUAGUAUUACAUGGUGGAUUGACAGGGUAUCUUCUCAGUACUAAACUGUUUUAAUGUUUUAUUACCUUAACAGAAAAAGCCGAGAAUGUAAUGAAUGUACCUCUGACGUUGUGAGCACGCGGCUCAGACGUUAGAUCCCCUGUCCCCGUCCCUCCUGCCGUGUCUGUUUUCACAGGCUCCCAUGUUCAUUUGAUUUGUGUGAACGUUCACACCAGAAGUGCUUGCAACGGCAUAACCUAAUAGAAAAGCUUUAUAAAUGGCCUUAACGUGGGAGGCGUCCCUGGUCCGAGUGAGGGAGCAGCUCCACUAAGGAUGCGACACAUGCAGAAUGAUUGUAGUGAUAGCGGUGGAAAGUGUUUAAUCAGACUGAAGUGAAGAAUGAACACCAUAAAAUGAUUUACCUCUAAAGAAUCUAUUUUUCUUAGAAGAUAUUGUACUUCAGAGGAGUACACUUUGUAGUUACUUUGUAGUUUGUUUUUUUCUGGUAGAGUAGGUGAAGAUUAGCACUUGUCUGCCACGUAGUUUAUUAUGAGAGGCGAAUAUGCAGCGGUGACUGUGAAGCUAAUACCCAAAGAGUUGUUUGCCAGUUUAUUUGAGUUUAUUUUAGCCUCUCAACUGAUCUUUUGGAGAACAGAGAAAUAAUCAAAAUAGACCAAAGAGGAAUGGUGGCUUCAGAGGUCAGUUGAGGUGCUGCUCCUUGAACUAAGCCUUGCACAUUAGUGGCCUUGGCCCGCGACGAAGAGUCCUGAGCGUUGUGGGUUAAAACUCUGGGGAAGUGUCCAGCUUCAUGGAGUGACUAUUAAUAAUCAAGAUUAUGCACACUGACCAAAUUUUCCUUCUGCAGAGUUCCUCAUAAGCUGUUGCAAACAGAUGUAGGUGAUAUUAGGAGAUUAAUACAUUAUAUUGAUUAGAGGUUGGUAUUGCAACAGUGCAGUUGCAUGUAAAUGUACACCCACUAAUUGUGUCUCCUUUACAGAAUAAGAGAGAGAAUACUUUUAUUAAAAUGACUAAAUGUUUAAGUAAGUGAUUAUAUUCAGGUUUAUUGACCAUAUUUUAUUGAUGCAUAUUUUUUAAGAGGUCACAAAACAAUAAUAGGAGUUAUUUUGUGGCUAAAGGUAAUGUAGACACGGUGGGUGUACAAACUUUGUCAUGCGUCUGUGUUUUUAAUCAGAGGACGCUGCAGAGGAUCCAAUCAUAUGAGAUGAGAAGUGACACAAUCAAUUUCCAUUUCUUUUAAAAGGCAAACAGUAUGAACCAAAGAUUUUAUUUCCUAAUCCUCACCGCUGCAUAUCAGCCCAAAUUCAGUUAUAAACAUCCUAUCUUUGUGUCAAAUGAUAUUAUCAGUGUUUUAAUGCUCAGUUUAUAUCUUUAUUAUGUAUUUUUCUGGAAGAGAGCAACCUGUAAACUUGCUUUAUUUCUGAAUAAUAAUGUUUUAUUCUUUUAAAAUAAGGAUAAGAUGUUGCUAUUGUUCCACAAAGUUAAACAAAGACAGAUUAUUUCAGUUGUAACUACAUUGUCUUUGUAUUUCAUGUGUUUAUGAGGCUUAAAACACCCAAUCCUGGAUCUGAAAACAAGUAUUUUUUUCAACCAAAUAUCUCUGUAAAGAAAGUGUUAUGCAGAUACAAAGAUAACUUCCUGCUUUUAAAACCACUGAAAUCCUCCUGGUUCAUAGUUGGGUGUUUAAAAGCUAAUGCAGGUGAACAAGUGCUACCUCAGAUGUUUAUUCUGUUUUAUUUUUGUUUUUGCUGGAGAAGGUUUGCUGCUCUUCGUCUCAUUAAAGGUGUUAUGUUGGAAUUAUGUUCCUGUCCGAGGAUGUGAAUUUAAAGGGAGAAAACACAGAGUGGACCUGACCCGCUCCCUCUUCUCCCUGUUCUGAGCGGUGGAGCGCUGUGGGUCAUUUAAAGUCUCACUCAGGGGGACCCACAGCUACUUCCCCUCAAAUAAAAAAAAGACAGGUCUCAAGCUUUGGAAUCGAAUGUACCUUUUUGUAAUUAGUAUGUUAUUUGAUAUUCUCUGUUACCAUUUUGUUAUAUGUUUGUCAUAAAAAUUACCUGCAAUAUGUUUCUUUUCAAAUUUGUUUAGAAAGAAGAUUUUAGACAAUUUCCUUAUUAUGAAAAAGUCUGAUUCUCAGUUUAAAUAAAAUUACAAAAAUCUC